AUGACAGUUAGAGAUAUGCCAGAUGAGGUAUACUUUGAAUUUUCAUCUAUUGAGCUUCGUGAUUAUUGCUUUUACGUAUGCUUGCUUAUGACUGAUGAUGCCUCUAUUUAUUCUAAAGAAUCUCUUUUAAAGAAUAAUCAUGAUUUAGAUAAACCUCAGCCGGUUAGGCCUCCGUUAGGAUAUGAGGGUCCACCUUUACUUUCACUAUCAUCUUUCUAUACCAGUCAAGUAAAGAAGCAGGUUCAACAACCAUUGCAUAUCACAUGCUUAACCAUUGGUUCAAGAGGUGAUGUCCAACCCUAUUUGGCUUUAUGCCAAGAACUCAAAAAAGAUGGCCACCGGUGCCGAAUAGCAACACAUCCUGAGUAUAAAGAAUGGAUAGAGCAGAAUGAUAUAGAAUUUCGGUCCGUUGGUGGUGAUCCUGGUGACUUGAUGAAGCUUUGUAUUGACAAUUCUUUUCUAUCUGUCUCCUUUAUUAGAGAAGGCGCCAAAUUCUUCUAUAACUGGCUUGAGGAGUUGCUCGUCUAUUCUUAUGAAGCAUGCCAAGGAACAGACUUACUGAUUGAAAGUCCCAGUGCUAUGGUUGGUGUUCAUAUUGCUGAGAAACUAGAGAUACCCUACUUUCGUAGCAUGCCAUUCCCAUUUAGUCGUACAGGCAAGUUUCCUCAUCCAUUUGCUGUUCAGUCAACAGCAGGCGGACGUAUAUACAAUGAUAUGACAUAUGUCAUGAUUGAAAUGGCUCUUUGGGCAGGAACUGCUCGAUACAUAAACCGGUUUCGUCGAAAGGUCCUCCAGCUGCCUAUAACUACUUUGGACAGACUCGAACUCGACAAGGUGCCUUAUCUCUAUUCUUUCAGUCCAUCCGUCAUUCAUCCACCCAAGGACUGGCCUGACUAUAUACACUGUACUGGUUAUUGGUUUCUAGAUAGUUCUCAGGCGUGGACACCUCCUCAUGAGUUGACCGAUUUCUUAACGGCCAUGGACUCUCGGCCAAUCGUCUAUAUUGGCUUUGGCUCCAUUAUUGUGCCUGAUCCGGGAGAGACAACGCGAACAAUCGUAGAUGCCGUUUUGAAAUCGAAUGUGCGAGCGAUCAUCUGUAAAGGGUGGUCUGGUAGGCACAAAGAAGACGACAGUAGCUCGCUCCUAGACCAGCAUCCUGGAACAAUCUAUCAUUGUGAGUCUGUUCCUCAUGAAUGGUUGUUCUCAAGGAUACAAGCUGUUGUCCAUCAUGGCGGUGCAGGCACAACGGCUGCAGGCUUGAGGGCCGGAUUGCCCACUGUUAUCAAACCGUUCUUUGGUGAUCAGCGAUUUUGGGGACAGCGUGUAGAGGAAUUACAGGUCGGUGUGUGUAUCACAAAGUUGACGAAAACAGCGUUACAAGUUGCCCUCACCACUGUAACUCAGAAUACGGCCAUGAUAGCCAGGGCACAAGCUGUUGGUGAAACAAUUCGAAAGGAACAUGGUACAAGGAAUGCAGUCGAAUGCAUCUAUCGAGAUAUUGAAUAUGCAAAGCAACUGCGAUGUGAACAAAAGAAGCAGGAUCAAUCUUCAUCCAGUGAUGAUGAUGAUGAUGUUUAA